UGGUUACUUUUUUUCUAAAGCGCCUGACAUGAUUAUGGCAGCCUCCUGCUUUGGCCAGCAGGUGGAAGGAUGGAUCUCGUACUCAACUUCGCAGACCAUUACUUCUUCACCCCUUACGUCUACCCCUCCUCGUGGCCUGAGGAUGAACCUGUGCGCCAGAUCAUCGGGCUCUUGCUGGUCACCAACCUUGGGGCAGCCAUCUUGUACCUUCUUCUGGGCUCCUUGAGCUAUUAUUUUAUCUUUGACCAUAACUUAAUGAAGCACCCCCAGUUCCUGGAGAAUCAGGUGCGCCGGGAGAUUAAGUACACCAUGAGCUCUCUGCCUUGGAUUAGUAUCCCCACUGUGGCCUUGUUCUUCGCUGAAGUCAGAGGAUACAGCAAGUUGUAUGGCAACGACAGCGAAUCUCCGUUGGGUAAAGGAUGGCUUGACCUCAUUUUCAGCUCAAUUUCAUUCCUGCUUUUUACUGACAUGUGCAUCUACUGGAUCCAUCGGUUUCUUCAUCACAAAGUUAUUUAUAAGCGUUUCCAUAAACCCCAUCAUGUAUGGAAGAUCACCACACCUUUUGCUAGUCAUGCCUUCCACCCUGUUGAUGGCUUUAUGCAGAGCCUGCCAUACCACAUUUACCCCUUCCUGUUUCCCCUGCACAAAGUGCUUUACUUGCUCCUCUAUGUCUUUGUCAACAUCUGGUCCAUUUCCAUCCACGAUGGGGAUUACCGCGUGCCCAGCUUACUGGAGAAGGUCAUUAAUGGCUCUGCACAUCACACCGACCAUCAUCUCUUUUUUGAUUACAACUAUGGGCAAUACUUUACACUCUGGGACCGCAUUGGUGGCUCCUAUCGGCACCCUUCAGCGCUAGAAGGAAAAGGGCCCCUCGAUGCUGUCAGGAAGCUCAUUGCUGAGGGCAAGCUGGCCAAAAGCACAGGCGGCCAUGCUAAUGGUGGCUCUUCGAGUGGUAAAGCACUCAAGGAAGAGUAGCUGGCUGCAGGGUAGAUAAUGAUGGCUUGCGUGUCCCAUUUCUAGGCCUGCACACUUCCCUUCCUCACCUGCAGGAAAUUAAGUAGUGUAUCCCCUGCCUUUGUCUCCCCAGUAAAAAGGUAGUGGAUACAAAUACCAUAUGCAAUACUUAUGAGCAAAAAAUAAUUUGGUACAAAUAUACAGAACUAGAAUCUUCAAAAAUGGUGAAUGAUUUUAAUGAGGUGGAUCUCUUGUUUGCCAAAUGGAAGUUCUAAUCGUGGUGUGUGUAUUCUGCUGCUUUGUGUCUUACACUCUGUGGACACAUCUGGCAUCAAUCUUUAGGGACACUCAGCACCUAUGGGAUGCAACUAAAGAUGUGAUUUUAUGGCCUUGUAAGUGGAGUGUGGUAUUUGCAAAGCUGAUAUACUAAAUUCACAUGCUGAUGUAAAGUGAUACUGAGGGUAAAGGGAUAAAAGAAAUAAUAAUUUUGCAUAAUUACAUUUUUUAGUUAUUCAUUUAGCAACUGCUUUUCUCCAAUGCACUACAGGUAGUGUUAUCAACCCACAAACCUUCUUCACGAAGGUGACUUAACACUGCUAGUGCUGUACGCUACUUACUGUAGUGUUGUACCUACAUUCAUUCACUUAGCAGACGCUUUUGUCCAAAGCGACGUACAUCUCAGCAAAAGUACAAUU